UCUGGUCCGGCACAGGUGGAGCAGCACAUCGGCACUUCCCCUCCCGGACCGGGCUACUCAGCUUCGCCGCUUGCUGGAGCAGGCUCCUGGUUAGGUCGGUCGCACAGGAGGGGCUGCGCAAUCCAUCCAUUUGGGAUUUGGGAGUGGGAUCUCUUUGCUACGUUCUGUCCUGCUGGAGCCCCCUGUAUUAGGUCAGGUCAGAUCGAACUUGGAGUUGGACGUCCGAUCAACCAUGGGCCUCUCGCGGCGGUUUCUGGACCUGAUCGUGGUAAACCGCGAGCAUGCCACCAGAUCGCUGCGCCGCAUCGAUCUGAAGCGCCUGGAACUCUUUUAUCCAACGCCGCCGCCACCACCACCAGCACCAACCCGGCGGCCAACAACGACGAUGGAGAGCAUCCUGCAUCCCGACCCGAACAUUAACUCGAUCGUGCAGUUCGGAGCCCACAGCUUGAUGGAGAUCCUGCUUCCCGACCCGAUCUUGAAGUUCGGAGCCCACAGCUUGAGAGGUGCAGGCGGGCCGUGCGACUUAGCCUGUUACCCAUUUGGGCAACGGAAGGUGCUCACCACGGACCAGGCCGGGCGCAACUUGCUCUACGACGCCAGCUCGCGCGACGUGGUGGUCAUGCCCGAGUUCCGCAAGCCUAAGUUUCCUGGUUGCUUCUCGCUCUUCGUCCCUAGCGGAGGUGGUGCCGGAAGCCUAUACCUCAUGGUGAGGUGUCUCCGAGAGGUAAAGACGUUUGAUUUCGAGGUCUUGUUCUACGGCAAUGGCAGGAAGACCUCGCACUGCAAGCUCCUUCCGCGGCCGCCCUUCGUCCUUGAGCCCAUCCAUCGGGAUGAAUACCCCGAGAUUCGUUCCUAUGCUGUCGUCGGUGGUGGCUCUCACAUCUGCGUAUCCGUCGACGGCAGAGGCACCUACACCCUGGACACGGUGAGCCACACGUGGGACAAGGUCGGCAACUGGAUGCUGCCCUUCCAUGGCAAGGUCGAGUACGUACCCGAGUUCAAGCUCUGGUUCGGCCUCUCCAGCGAUGGCCGGCACUUGGCUGCUGCUGACCUCUCCACCAUGGACGCCCACUCCCCGCCACAGGUAGCUGCUGGCCACAGCUGGGAGGAGUUCCAGCGUCCGGUGGAAUGGGCAGAACGAGGACUAGAUAUAGAUCAAGUGGGUGUUCAACUAGUCAACCUGGGCUCAGGCAGGUUUUGUAUCGCAAGGUUCUUCAUGAACUCGCUGGAGAGCGAAGACUGUCGUCUACUUUGCCAUCUUGACCGGUGUGGAGAUGGACAUGGGUGUCCGCCCCAGUGGUAAAGUGGUACUCGACAUGAUCCCUCACAAGGCCAUGUUUCAUCUCAGGUCGACUGUGGACGGAGGUUACAUCGAGCAAUUGUUCUGAAUAACUCAACUUUAUCACCAUGUGCCGUCUGAAUGAUUUUGUUGGGAUUGAAAAGUGAGGCAACUCAGGAUCCUGUACUACUUUGUAAUUUCAAAACCUGCACAUCAGGUCUCUGCGUUGUUAUUUCUUA